AUGUCUGAGGCAACGGUUGCUGACCGCCAGAAGGCCUUUCUGGAUAAGGCAAGAAAGCUCUACAGUGACGGCAAAUUGAAAGCGGCCCUGGCGGCCUUUAAGGAGGCAGAUGUCAUGGUGCGGUCAAAGAAGCUGGGAUUGAGUCUUAAGGAGAUUCAAACCUCUCGCUGCCACUGCAAGGACUUCGAGUCAUUGCCGACUUUGAAUUCCCCCAAACUCGCCAUGUACACACUGGCCAAGAGGGCCUGCACUUGUGGAAGUGACGUCUUUCAUUGCAAUGUACCCAGCCACCUGAACGCCCUUGAUGGUAUCAUUGCAACGUACGAAAAGCUCGAGGCUCCUGUCAAGGCUCGCCAGUAUGCAACACUGCUCAUCAUUACUUCCCCACGUGCCCCUGAGGGAUAUCUGAGAUUGGCCAAGGCUCUACGCCUGUGUGACACCAGUCAAUCACCAGAAACAAUCACGCGCUGCAGGUGGAUCUACCGCCAGGCCAUUCAGAGUGUGCAGACACACGGCGAUAAGGACCAACCCAAGUUGAAGAUCAUGGCAGAUCUCUUGCGAAUGGAUAUCCUCACAAAGCUGCCAGCUGAAUUGCGAACUAUGAUCCUGGAAAUCCUGGGCCACUCUGAUCUGUGUCGUUCCAUGAGAGUCUCCAAGACUUGGAAGGAAGCCUGUCUGGAUCCCAGUCUUUGGAGGCAUCUGACGUUUGUCGGGGCGUCUCGUCGAAAUCUCCGCAAGGGUGUCUUCAACAAUAUCAUCUCUAAGCGAGCACAGUGUAAAGUCAAGAGCCUGGAUCUAUCGGGCGUGAGCAAACUCAACAUCGACCUGCCAGUCCUCAAGGCCACGCUCAAUGUUUUGAACCAGCUAGAGUCUCUCUCCCUGCACGGCAGCAUGCUAUGUGAGGGAGAGAACAUGAGUUUGGAGAAGGCACCCCCUAGCGACCCAUGGACCAUGACUUUGUUCGAAGAGGCUCCUGCAUCCCUCAAGGUACUUCGCAUCACAGGAUUUCACCCUGACGAUGUACCUGGACUUCCGCCAGCGACUUCAGUGAUCCCGAUGGCCCAAACCCUGGAAGAGCUUUGUCUCGGCUACGUGACAACUGCCUCGAUAGGCUUGACCUUGCUUUCCUCAACAACGUGGCCAAAUCUGAGGAGCCUGACUAUGUGGGGAUUCUUACCAAGACAGGGCUUGGAUGUUAACUUGGUGAGACUCUUCACUCCUAGCUUGGUUGUGCAAGCUCUGAUUGGUUUUCAGGAACGAAUCGCCCAAGUCACACCAUCACUCAAGUAUCUAUACAUUCACAGACUCAGACCACUCCAGAAGCAGUCCACGCCGUCAUGGGAGACUCUAGAGCGACUGAAACUCACACUUCAGAUCCAAAGCCAAGGCAGGAUAGAUCACAUGCAUUCCCUCCCUCGAUUGGUUCCCACAAUUCGGUCCUUGGAAUUUCCCGACAGAGCUCUCAUGGCGCUUCGUCACUAUCAGAAAAUUUCCCAGGAAUACCCAGGCAUUGCCCUCAGCAACCAAAACCCCCCAAACAAUCAAGUCGUACUCAACAACCGUGUUCUUCCACCUGUGGCGGUGCUUGAACGACUGGAGCAUCUGUACAUGAGAGAUUGCAGUAUUAUAUUCGCUCAUACUGUUAACGGUCUUGAGAGCCUGACCUGGUUUAUGGACCUCAUCAAGCCAAGCAUGUCCAACGGCUCACUCACCUCGCUUGCCGUCACAUUCUUUCCGGAACUCCGAGUUGAACUUGACAGGGUCCUCAACAAGGACGCCAUUCGCACGCUCAGUUGCUUUGAUUUCGUCGACGAAGAAUCUGGUUCACAAGCUGGCGACUCCUUCGCCAACUGGGUUCAAGGAUUCCACAACCUCACCACGGUGGGCGUGUUCCCGCAGGCUUCCGAGGGCUGCUGGAUGCACGUCUCAAAGGUGCUAGCGAAGGAGAGCAAGAUCGAGACCAUCUACACCAAUAUUCUCACAGGACAAGCGCGCGACUGGGUCCUGGCGAAGGCCCAGGAGAAGGGUGUCAAGAUCAUCGAUGCAAGCCGCAUCCCUGAGCCGGUCCUCCAGCCCCGAGACGGAUUCAGCUGA